AUGGCAUCAACAGUACACCUCGACGGCCGAACCCUUGAAGGUGGCGGCCAAAUCGUGCGCAUAGCUUUGGCCAUAUCGGCUCUGACUGGUAUACCAAUUCGGAUCACCAACAUUAGAGGCAACCGGACCGACGGCGGGGGCCUCAAGAACCAGCACCUCGCGGCAGUAGACUUCUUGGCCGCCGCGUGCGAUGCCACUGUUACUGGCGCGGAGCUCAAAAGCAACACGCUUGAAUUCAAGCCCAGCUUCUCUUCCAGCAACCUGGCAGCAAGCCAGCAGCAGCCACACCCAGACCUAAAAAUCAAGCAAAAGACGGUUGGUAGCAUUGCCCUGGUGCUGCAGGCGAUUCUUCCAUUCCUGCUUUUCUCCUGCGGAAGCGCGCCUGGACCCGCAGGCUCACAGCCAGAUCAUCCUGGUCUUUCCGUUACUGUCACCAUCACGGGUGGCUUAAACGGAUCUACCUGCCCAUCGCAAGACUACAUCCACGAAGUGCUCUUACCGACUCUAUCCCGCAUCGGCCUCCCAUCUAUAGCCACUCUCUCCGCCCGCCGACACGCACACGACAGCAACGAAGGCGGCGCAGUCCAAUACCACAUAACCCCACUCGGCCCCGGCACUUCCCUCUCAGGCUUCCGACUCACAGACCGCGGCAAGAUAACGCACAUCAGAGCGCUGAUACGCGGCCGCAGCACCCUCACAGCUCGCGCGCGGGACGAGCUGAGAGCCCAAUUAAAGAAGUUCGCGGACGCCUCACCUUCCCACUUCGCGGACCGCGCUCUCGCUUUCGAAAUCCAGAACACCAACUCCAAACACCUCUACGUUCUCCUAGUAGCUCUCAGCACCAACGGUCACCGCCUCGGCGCCGACAGGCAGAGAAACUGCGUACGGCAGACCGAAGGCCUUACGCAUCGCAGAGUGGCACUGCUGGUUGAGGAAGUCGCGACCCAGCUGUUCGGGGAGAUCGAGCGUGGGGGCUGCGUUGACACGCAUAUGCAGGACCAGCUCGUUAUUUUCCAGGCGCUAGCGAAAGGCAGGAGCGUGGUUGACGGCGGGCGGAAGGAGCCGAGUCUUCAUACGAGGACUGCUAGGUGGGUCGUACGGGAGAUGUUGGGGGUGAAGUUUGACGAGGGAGAUGGGAGUUGUGAGGGUAUUGGGCUUGUUGCUGGGGAGAGAUUCGCGGAUAGGGCGAUAGAUGGGGUGGAUACUGAACUCCAGAAAACCUCAAUAAAAGGCGGUUAA